AUGGAUGAGGACACUCAGCUGUUCCUGGGACCCGAAGUCGUGAUGCGCCUUCAGCUCACUGGUCUCAGACCUAGAAGUCCGACCUCAAGUGUCGAAGGCGAGCCGUCUCGAAAGCGUGCAUUGCUGACGAGGGCUUCUGCUAGUGGCUCAAUCCCGAGCUACCACAAGUCUGGCGAAGCUCCUGCUGAGACUGCGCUCGGAUUCCGUAAUGACCGAGUGCCCAGCAUGGUUGGUGCAAGCUCUGGUUCCGACAUGUCUUUGAUGGUCACGGAUGAAGGGGGCAACCUGUCUGGAUUAAGUUCCUCUGGUUACUCUCUGAUGUCUAUGACUGACUACAUGGUUGCGACUGGGACGCACAUGCCCAUGUCGACGGCGACGGUGAUGCGAGACUCGGCUACGACGAUGUCCCGCAGCUCAUUCCCGGGAAUGAUGAUCUCGGUCACACCUCAGCUUACUCAGGAUGGUCCCGUACCGGCCAGAGCUGAGCAGAAGCCGUAUCGACCUGAGCAUCCAGCCCAGAUACCGCUGCCAGGCAGUCCUGAGUCCAAGCGUCCAGCCCAGAAGCAAGCUGAGACCCGACAAGUGCAGUCCACGGGAUUUCGGUUCACGCAUCCAUCGGUUAUCGGCUCCGCUGGGACGACGACGUCGGAUAAUUUGCCCUCAGUCGAGCGAGACUACCGGCGAGCCCUUCAGCAGAGUGAAGCUACGACCUGGACACGCCUUGAUGCAGAGCAGAACCAACGCCGAGCUCUCGAAGCUCGAUUGAGUGCCGCUCUGGCCGACAACCAGGCGGAGCAAGCCCGACUGCAGGAGGAGUACCGGAAACUUCAGGCGACCAACGUUCGGAUGUCCGAAGCCCAACAACAGGCCAAGACGGAGCAGCAGAAGCGGCUUGAAGCCUUGGAGAAGCUGGCCCAGCGCCGCGCCGCCGAAAAAGCUGAGAAGCGCAAGGCGGACGAGGUUCGAGCUCAGCAACCGCUCCAAGUCCAGAAGGCGUUUCAAGAGGCUGAGUUUAGGGCUAUGCAAGCUGAACAGCGGAAGGCGCAGGAAGAACGAGCUGCCGAGAUUAAGACUGAGCACGAGUUGGAACUGCUGAGGCUGAGAGAGAAGCAUGCGCAGGCAGAAGCAGAGCACCAGCGGGUCAUGCAGGAGCAGGAGGAGAAUACUCGCCAGCUCCUUGCAGCCCAGGAGCAGCCCGGUCUAAACCCUGGCCCCGUCGCUUCGACUGCUGGACGUGUGCCAAUGCCAGCGGACCCCCUGGUCCGAGCACCUGUCGUGACGGCUCGAUCGCCGACCGAUCCGGUCCUGGCGCAGUUAGCCCAGCUCACGAGCGUGAUGCAGCAGUGGGUCCAAGCCAACCAAGUCAAGUCUGAGGUGACUGGUAUGAGCCGCAGUGCUGGCAAGACCCAAGGUUCGGCCAAGCGUGCUGAGACCAAGUCUAAGCCUCGCGCAUCAAGCGCGACGUCUGGCGCGAAGGGCAAGGCUCGGGCGACCAAGCCUGGCAGGCCCGGAUACUCGGACGGGGACGACUCAAGCUCAAUUCUGGAAACUCGUGUGGUCGUUCAAGCCAUGAUUCCCCAUGAUGCAUUGGAGAAGAUCGACGAGAAGGGACCGCUGGAGGACCGAGUCAACUGGUGGGAGAGGUUCAUGUACUACGCUACGAUGGUUCUCUGGGACGAGAAGACCCGGGUGGUCCAGCUACGCAUGAGACUCACUGGUUCCCUCAAGGAUUGGUGCACUCAGCUACCGGAUGACGUUCGCUCGGACUGGAAGAAGUUGUCUCACGUCUUCAAGAAGGAAUGGUGCCGUACGCUGAGCUCCAAGACUGAGCGGUACUACUCGAUGGAGAUGAAGGACUCCGAUACACCUCGGAUGUUCUUCUACCGUCUGAACCAUGCCGCCAAGCAGGCUGGGGUCCCGUACCUGAGACCGACCGUCGAUCGCGAGGCUCACAUCCGACGUUUUAUUAAGGCUUCGACUGACUCAAGGCUGAGGACUACUCUUUAG